AUGACCUCCACCGGACCACCACCACCAAUCCACCUCCACCUCCGGUCCUCCACGGCUGAAGGCUCCACCCAAUUCCAGAAUCAGAUGUAUGUUAAGUUUUAUUCUUUUCCUUACACUGUAUUUAUAUACGGUCAAGGUCUUCAAUGGGUAACAUUCAAACUUCCCUCUUUCAACCGUAUUAAUUCUUCAAAAUCAACUGAUUUGGCGGCUCAGGCAGAUCCACAAAUUAUUGAUCCAAACCCAAACCCCAACACCCCCACCCUUACUCCAUCCGCACGAGGCAGGUGCCCUAGAGAUGCCCUCAAAUUAGGUGUAUGUGCCAAUGUGCUUAACUUAGUCAAUGUCACCGUUGGUUCACCUCCAGUGAUGCCAUGCUGUUCCCUUCUCAAUGGCCUUGUCAACCUCGAAGCUGCUGCUUGCCUUUGCACUGCUAUUAGAGCUAACAUCUUAGGCAUCAACCUUAACAUCCAUGUUUCUCUUAGCUUGCUCCUCAACGUUUGUUCAAGGAAUGUUCCAACUGGGUUUCAAUGCAAAUUAAGUCAUCACUUUUCCCUCCAUUCUUUCUCAACUUCCUUAUUGUUUGUGUGUUUGGUUUUUUUAUAAAGUUAUGAUGUCAUAAUUUCAUUGUUUUAGUUUGUAUCAUUGUUGCUUUAAUUUCCUUGGGAGAAUUGAUACAGAAUAAUAUUUUUCUUCAAAGUGUUUUUCUUUGAGUGUUUAUUAUAUCUCUAAAGGACAUGAAAAAGCUUGUAUUAUUCAAUC